UCGAGUACGUCGUUAGUCGUCGUCGUGCGCGUUCUAUUAAUGUAAUAUUAGCGACUACCGGUAGGUAGGUAUAUUCUCCCGGCGCUCGAUCGAUUUAUACAAACGUGUACGUAAUUCUAUAAUAUACAUGGCCCUUAUUUUUGUCGUCUAAUCAUCUAUUCACGUCUUUUGCGAGGAUACAUAUUUAAUAUAUAUGACACGCUUGAGUAUAACUAUAUCAGAUACCCGGUGGCCGGUGUAGUGUUGUAUCUAGAUAUUUAUUGUAAUAAUGCGCCAAACGACGUCGUAUUUGAACGCUGCUGUUUUGUUUGCGUUCCUGUGGGUAACGAUCCCGUCGAAACCGUGUCUAUGCUACAGCACUGAUUGUGAUUUUACUGAGAGUUACGAUGAGGUCAUCACAGUCAGCAUCAAUGAACCUGUGCAAGUUACUAAGUAUAAAUGGUGCUUGGACAUACCACCCAGAUGUCCAGACAAUAAGCGAGAGUUUAGGACCGUACUCAGAAAUAUUACAGUGCCUAAAAUGCGUAAAGUGAAGAGAUGUUGCAAGGAUCAAAUUCAGUUAUACGACAGUUGUGUUUCGAGAUGUGCUGAAGACCAGUGUCCGAAUAUUCAAUGUACACCAGGCACUGACAGAUGUAAAUGCAAAUCAGGAUACACGGGUCAUUUAUGCAAGCAAAUGUGCGACGUCGGACGCUGGGGCCUGGGCUGUGCGAACUCUUGUGACAAGACCUGUCCGGAUUGCGACCACCGCACCGGAUGCUGCAAGACGGCCGCCACUGGAUCGUCAAUUUUCUGUGGCGGCGGCAGCGGCGCCGGUCGGUUGCCCGCCCGGCAAGCGGCCGGUGUAGGCGGCCGCAACAGCACCGUACGCAAAACUGACGAGGCGACGCCGGCGGUGGACCGUUCGGCGCGAUUCCGGAUGCUGAGCACUACCAUACGACUCCAGACGGCCACGUGGGAACCCGCGGCCGUGGACGAGGCCAACGGGACGAGGAUCGAAAGCGGCAUCGUGGACGCGGGCACGCGAAAACCAGCGGCGGCGGCCCAAAACCAUUCGGCUGCGGCGGCGGCGGCGGCGGCGGCUGAGACGGCGUGGACCCCUCUGGAGGCGACGGCGCUCAAGUACGACGAGCUGGUGACGAGGCUCAUAUGGAUAUUCGCCAUGACGUUGGUGGCCAUCGCCAUGGUGUUCGUCAUCAUGUUCGUCGUGUUCUUCAACUGCUACGGGACGACGUCCAAACCGCGAGACGCUGACUCCGGGGCCGCCCGAAACCCGUGGCCGCAGCAGAGCACCGGCAAAGUUCACGAGACAUGUAUCACAACACAAAACCUAUGUCAUGUGCCACCAGUUAGAUAUACAAAAACUCCUACACUAUAUACAUCUACCAAUGUUGAUUUACCAACUCAUCCAGAAAUAUUUUGUCCAGUUUUUUCAGCUCCUCAUUACACAGGUGGAUCGUCACUAUAUGAUUCCCCACAACCAUUGUACGAAAUUUUAUAUUGAGCAAUAAGUAAAAAAAUAGAUACCUAUUAUUUAUAAUUAAUUUCUAAGAAUUAUGUAUAAAUAAGUAAGUAGUUUUCUAUAAUAGUGCAAUAAAAAAU